AUGGCCUGCGUCAACAGCAACGCGCGGGGCCGCGCGCUGCGCCACGCGCUCGCCGCCGCCGAGGCCACCGUCAUGAUCACCAGCACCGAGCUGCAGGCCGCCGUGGAGGAGGUGCUGCCGGCCCUGCGGCAGGACGGCGUCCGCGUCUUCUACCUGGACGCCGAGUCGCCCACGGCCGGCGUCGAGGCGCUGGGGCCCGACAUGGACGAGGCCUCCGAGGAGCCGCUGCCCGCCCACCACCGCGCCCACGUCACGCCCGGCUCCAAGGCCGUCUACAUCUUCACCUCCGGCACCACAGGGCUGCCCAAGGCCGCCGUGAUAACGGAGAAGAAGCUGCUGCUGGUGGCCAGCCUGGCGCGGCUGUGCGGGCUGCGCGCCAGCGACGUCCUGUACACGGCCCUGCCGCUCUACCACUCGGCCGCGCUGCUCGUGGGGCUCGCGGGCUGCCUCGAGGUCGGCGCCACGUGCGUGCUGCGGGCCAAGUUCUCCGCCUCGCACUUCUGGGACGACUGCCGCCGCUACAACGUCACCGUCAUCCAGUACGUGGGCGAGCUCAUGCGCUACAUCUGCAACACGCCCGAGCGCCCCGGCGAGCGGGAGCACGGCGUGCGCCUGGCCGUGGGCAACGGCAUGAGGGCCGACGUGUGGGAGAAGUUCCUGCGGCGCUUCGGGCCCGUCACCAUCCGCGAGUUCUACGGGGCCACCGAGGGCAACGCCGGCUUCGUCAACUACACGGGCAAGAUCGGCGCCGUGGGAAGGGUGAACGUGUUCCUCAAGAAAUUCGUCUCCUUCGAGCUCAUCAGGUACGACGUGGAGCAGGACGAGCCCGUGCGCGACGAGCGAGGCUUCUGCACGCCCGUGCGCCCCGGCGAGGCCGGCCUCUUGGUCGUCAAAAUCACCAAGGCGGCUCCGUUCCACGGCUACGCCGGAGACCCCGAGAAGACCGAGAGGAAGAUCCUGAGGAACGUCUUUGCGAAAGGCGACGCCUUCUUCAACACCGGUGACCUCCUCAUGAUGGACCGGGAGCAAUUCCUCUACUUCCAGGACCGCGUGGGAGACACUUUCCGCUGGAAAGGCGAGAACGUGGCCACGACGGAGGUGGAAAACAUGCUGAGCGCGGUGAGCUUCAUCCAGGAGAUCAACGUCUACGGGGUGUCCGUGCCGGGCUGCCCAGGGAGGUGCGGCAUGGCGGCCGUGCGCCUCCGCGCCGGGACGCGCUUCGAGGGCGAGCGGCUGGCGGCGCGCGCGCGGGCCUGCCUGCCGAGCUACGCCGUGCCGCGCUUCGUGCGCAUCCAGGAGGCCCUGGAGAUCACGGGCACCUUCAAGCAGCGCAAGGGCAACCUCGUCAGAGAGGGGUUCGACCCCAACGUCAUCACGGAGCCGCUCUUCGUCCUGGACGCCGCCAAGGGGACCUACGUGCCCCUGAGCGCCGCCGUCUACAGGGACAUCCUGGAGAUGAGGCUCAAACUGUAGGGAGCCGCGCAGGGGGCCCCGCGAGGGACCCCCCGACU